CGCGGCUGCCGCCAUUUUCACCGCUGUCGCGCUCGAGCCUGCUCUCUGCUCUUAAAGGGGCCGCGUCGCCUCUUUAGGGUUUUUUAUUCAGUUUUCCGAGCGCCUCCGCGCCGUCCGGGUGGGUCCGAGCCCCCCCGCCACACUCCGCCGCCGCCAUGAGGGAGAUCGUCCACAUCCAGGCGGGCCAAUGCGGCAACCAGAUCGGCGCCAAGUUCUGGGAGGUGAUCAGUGACGAGCACGGCAUCGACCCCACGGGCACCUACCAUGGGGACAGCGACCUGCAGCUGGACCGCAUCAGCGUCUACUACAACGAGGCCACAGGGGGCAAAUACGUGCCCAGGGCCAUCCUGGUGGAUCUGGAGCCUGGCACGAUGGACUCUGUGCGCUCCGGCCCCUUCGGGCAGAUCUUCAGGCCUGACAACUUCGUGUUUGGCCAAAGCGGUGCCGGCAACAACUGGGCCAAGGGUCACUACACAGAGGGCGCCGAGCUGGUGGACUCUGUGCUGGACGUGGUGCGCAAGGAGGCCGAGAGCUGCGACUGCCUGCAGGGCUUCCAGCUGACCCACUCCCUGGGCGGCGGCACCGGCUCGGGCAUGGGCACGCUGCUGAUCUCCAAGAUCCGCGAGGAGUACCCCGACCGCAUCAUGAACACCUUCAGCGUGGUGCCAUCCCCCAAGGUGUCGGACACGGUGGUGGAGCCCUACAACGCCACGCUGUCCGUGCACCAGCUGGUGGAGAACACGGACGAGACGUACUGCAUCGACAACGAGGCGCUCUACGACAUCUGCUUCCGCACCCUCAAGCUGACCACGCCCACCUACGGCGACCUCAACCACCUGGUGUCGGCCACCAUGAGCGGCGUCACCACCUGCCUGCGCUUCCCCGGGCAGCUCAACGCCGACCUGCGCAAGCUGGCCGUCAACAUGGUGCCCUUCCCGCGGCUGCACUUCUUCAUGCCCGGCUUCGCGCCGCUGACCUCGCGGGGCAGCCAGCAGUACCGCGCCCUCACCGUGCCCGAGCUCACCCAGCAGGUCUUCGACGCCAAGAACAUGAUGGCCGCCUGCGACCCGCGGCACGGCCGCUACCUGACGGUGGCCGCCGUCUUCCGCGGGCGCAUGUCCAUGAAGGAGGUGGACGAGCAGAUGCUCAACGUGCAGAACAAGAACAGCUCCUACUUCGUGGAGUGGAUCCCCAACAACGUGAAGACGGCCGUGUGCGACAUCCCGCCGCGCGGCCUCAAGAUGGCCGUCACCUUCAUCGGCAACAGCACGGCCAUCCAGGAGCUCUUCAAGCGCAUCUCGGAGCAGUUCACGGCCAUGUUCCGGCGCAAGGCCUUCCUGCACUGGUACACGGGCGAGGGCAUGGACGAGAUGGAGUUCACCGAGGCCGAGAGCAACAUGAACGACCUCGUGUCCGAGUACCAGCAGUACCAGGACGCCACGGCCGAGGAGGAGGAGGAUUUCGGCGAGGAGGCCGAAGAGGAGGCCUGAGGGGUUUCUCCAGAGGUCCUGAUCCUCGGCAGUAUUGCUCCUCCCCUUCCCGGUGUGUUGUCCAAGAGAGGCGUCAACCGGUGGGCGGCGCCUUCGGUGUCAUCAUCAUUGUCCUUCAUCAUCGUCAGUGUUGGCCUUGGUCAUCGGCGGCGGCAGCGGAGUCCCCACCCGACCUUCAGCGUUGCCCUCACGGUCUUCAACCUUCAUCAUCGUCGUCCUGGAAGAGUCCCCAGCCUUCAGCAUUGUCCUCAUGGUCCCCAGGCUUCACCGUCACUGCAGAGUCCCCAAUCUUCAUCAUCGUCAUCCUUGAAGAGUCUCCAGUCUUGAUCAUGGUCAGAGCUCCCAACUUCUGUCAUCUUCAUCUUUAAAGAGUUCCCAAUUUUCAGCAGCACUGAAGAGUUCCCAACCUUCAUCAUGGUCGUUCUUGAAGAGUCUCCAGUCUUCAUCACCAUUGAAGAGUUUCCAAUCCUGAUCAUGGUCAGAACUUGCAAUUUCCAUCAUCACUGAAGGGUCCUCAAGGUUCAUCAUAGUCAAGGAGUCUCCAGCGUUCAUCAUCCUUGAAGAGUCCUGAGGGUUCAUCAUCCUCCUCCUCACAGAGCCUGCAGGAGCUCCUGGCCUUCAUCGUGGUCCUUGCAGAGUCUUCGAUCUUCAUCAUCCUCAGCCCUUGGUCUUCAUUGGGGCUGGUCAGUUGGCCUUGACCUUCAUCACAGUCAUCCUCAUCAUGGAAGAGCCUCCAAGAGCUCUUGACCUCCAGCCUCAUCCUGGAAGAGCUGCUGACCUUCAUCAUCAUCAUCAUCACCACCUGUGCCCCUCCCCUGCUGCCACCACGGCCUCGUCCCCUCCCCCGCUCCACUCUGGCACCGUUUCCUCCCUUUUUUGUAAUUUUUCCCAAAUUUUAUUCUUUUUUUCCCAAUUUUUUGGUUCUUUCCCUCUUUCUUUUUGUCAUUUUUCCUCUGUUUUGGUAAAUUUUCCCUCCUUUUUUCCCUCAUUUCAGUCUCAUAAAUUUUUAUCAUUUUUCCUCAUUUUUGGUCAGUUUCUCAAUUUUUAGUCUUUUUUUCCAUUUUUGCAAUUUUUGCUCUUUUUUCCCCCUGUUUUUGCUCACUCUCAGCCCACUUCCAUUCCUUUUUCCCAACUUUUGGAUCCUUUCAGUUUUUGGUUGAUUUUCCCUAUUUUUGCUCAUAUUUUUUACCCUUUUUUCUCCAUUUUGGGUUCGUAUUCCUCAAUUUCUGUUCAUUUUUUUCCCAAUUUCUGUUCAUUUCUCCCCAUUUUUUGCCCGUUUCUCCCCAUUUUUUAUUUGUUUUUCCCCAUUUUUGUCUGUUUUUCCCCAUUUUUGUCCGUUUCCCCAUUUCCCCCCCGUUUGUCCCCGAUCCCGUCGCCGUUCCCGCUGUCCGGUCGCGCUCUCCCGUUUUUGGAUGGUUUUGUUUUUUUCCCGUUUCUUUCGUUUUUCAUAUUGAAAAGUCGCCCCCGGGUCCGGAAUAAACUCGGGAUGGAAAAGCCA